AUGGAUAUUCAAGCAGCAGAAUCCAAGCUAAGCGACGUUACUGUGACUCCAUUACCACAGGCGCAUAAUUGCAAUCAGCAACGCGAGGAACCGCCCCAAAUACAAACCUCUGCAGUAAAUCAUUCAUCUGGAGAGAAUCAUCAGGUACGGUCUCGCAGCAAUGCCGAAGAACGCGAUGCAGUGGCAGCGAUUCCGCUUGCUAUGGCCAACAAUAAUUUUAAUAAUGCGUCUGGGACCACUAAUGCGCAAAUCUGCGUAGCCUUAGCAGCUUACCAUUAUGUGCGUCAACUGCAAGCUCAAUUGGCAUUGUUGCACCAGUACGCUUCAAGUGCCCAAGCAACGGGUGGCUCAGUGUGGCCAUACGUCAAUCAAAAUUUGGCGAAUCUAAUUGCUUCGCAACAUUGCGAUACGCAGUCUUCAUCGCCCACUGUUGUAACCACGCAAACUUCAGGAAAUAUCACCACACCGAUGACUUCGGCCGCUAAUUUGCCGUCCAGUGCUGCUAUAGCCGCCAACGGUCGCCUUAGCAAAUACGCUCAACUGUUAGCCGUUAUCGGGGAAAUCGGUCGUGAUCUACGUCCUGCUUCCAUCGGUUCGCGUAGCUCUACGGAUCGUCUUAAGCGUAGCAUAAGACAUGCCCGCGUAUUGGUGGGCGAAUGCAUUACGGAACUCGAACGUUCCAGCCUUGACUAA